CUUGAAUCUAUAUAUAUUUUCAAGAUUUGAACACUGAUACGCGACUAUCAACAAUUACCAAGAAGGGGCUAUCUAGGGUUAUUGUUUUCAACCAAGGUUAAUGUACCCUCCUUUAGUUGUGAGCGAUGGAGUCAUUCUCUAACGUACCUACCAGCAUUACCCCUUUUCGCCAGCCACCAUGAAACUCUUCUUUAUAGGAGUGACUUUGAUGUUCCCAAGUAUAAUAUUGGCGGAUUGGCAAUUCAAGUCUCGUUCAGACCUUGCACCGCCAAAUUUAAACAUCACCAUCCCGGCGACAAAGGAUGUUGAAAAGGGGUACCUGUUUGUUGCCCCUUUUGCAGGUUUCCCUGACACUCCUACGGAACAACACGGCCCUAGACAAGCCGGCCCAUAUAUCUUUCGCGAUAACGGCGACUUAGUUUGGUCUGGUUAUGGUAUCUAUAGCAUCUGGUCGACUAACUUUCAAGCGGGUCGCUGGAGGGGCAAAGAUAUCCUCUUCAGUUUUGAAGGCGACCACAACCCAGGCUAUGGCCAUGGGCACGGUCACAUCACCAUAAUGGACAAUCAUUACGAGACAAUCCGAGAACUUCGAGCCGGCAACCACAAGCUUGUGGACAAGCACGAAUUCCACAUCAUCAAUGAAGAAACAGGGCUCAUUCAAAUUUACCAGCCAGUUGCUCGUGACUUGACGGCUUGGGGUGGGAGUUCCGAGCAACAGUGGGUUGUUAAUUCUAUAAUUCAAGAACUUGAUAUUGCUACCGGUAAACUGCUAUUUGAGUGGGCAAGUCUAGAUUACGUUUCUCCUGACGAGGCCAUUCUACCUAUCAACCCCGGCCAAGCUGGCUCUGGUUUCAAUAGUUCCGAUGCCUGGGACUAUUUCCAUAUUAACAGUGUCGACAAGGAUGCGGACGGCAACUAUCUCAUAUCUGCGCGAGAUGCAUGCAGUAUCCAUAAGAUCAACGGUACUGAUGGGAGCAUCAUCUGGAAACUAGAUGGUAAAGACAGCUCUUUCAAAAUGCCCCAGGAAGCCAAAUUCUGUUUUCAGCACCAUGCUAGGUUUAUCAGCCAAGAAGAUGAUAUCGAAAUCAUUAGUCUUUACGACAAUAGCGCGCACGGAACCGAGCAUGGAGGUGGGUCUGAAGUUCACACCGCGCCCACCAGUAGCGGGAAGAUAAUUAAGGUGAACACGACGUCAUGGGAGGCCGAAUUGGUUCAAGCUUUCUUCCCGCCGGAUGAUCUUCUAUCCAAAUCGCAGGGUUCUACUCAGACGCUCCCUAAUGGAAAUGCUUUGGUGAAUUGGGGCUCAUCUGGAGCAGUAACAGAAUAUCUACCCGACGGGACGCCGAUUUUCCAUGCUUACAUGGACUCAGAUUACCUUGGCCUGGGAGUCGAAAACUACCGUGCCUUUCGCUACAAUUGGACUGGUCUUCCUAAUGAGGACCCCGCCAUUGUAGCACUUAAGGGCGAAGAAGGCCUUACGGCAUACGUCAGUUGGAAUGGCGAUACUGAGACUAAAGUGUGGAGAUUUUACGCCUUAACUGACGAGUAUGGAUCCAAGGAGUUCCUAGGUGAAGCAGAAAGGAUAAGCUUUGAGACUUCACUUCAUAUUCAGAACGUGAACAUCGGUGCAAUCUCCGCAGAGGCGAUCGAUGGCAACGGCAAGUUGCUUAGGAGUACGGGGAUAACCUCAGUGGAGCAAGAAAUCAAACCUGAAGGGAAGCCAACACAAACCCCUAUUCUGAAGACAACAGCCGAGAAGACGCUUGUGAAACCUAAAAGCCAUUGGGAGGAAUAUGGCAUCUUGAAGUAUUUCCGGUUCCCUAUUAACGAACUCUAGGCCAAUAUCUGCCAAAGUAUUGCGGCGCGGACGACUCGCUUACAAAGCUACCUUGACGAUGUCAACUCCUUCAUACUUCUCGUCUUCCACUGAAAGAUUGAUCGGGGCUGGGGAUGUAUGAACUCAUAUCAUACUACGUAUUUAAGUGUGAUUGCACUCAUUUUAGUAUUGAUUGUAACUGACCUGAAUACACUCCUUAAACCAACUUUGUUACUCGCAGAAACAAAUGAAAACUUAUGAGAGGC